AUUUUCUCUGAAAAUAAUUAUCCACACGUCACCAGUGGAAUCAAACGCUCACAAGCCUAGGAUGCAGAUGUUGAUUCGAUCUUCAGCCACGUUGAAAUGCGUAACCCAUCGUUAUCCCAUUUGCAUGCAGUUGUAGAUAUAAAUAGAAGGAUAGAAGCUCUGCCUAGUGCCUUCUCCCAUGCCUGCAAUUGUCAGUGCCCUCUUUCCAACGCGUGUCACAGAGAUUCUUUUGGCAGCUCGUGCUUUCAUGGUUUAUGUUUACAUUCGAGUGAAAUGAAGGUUUCAAAACUGGUAUUGAAAUUCUAGGUACCUAUCUCCCUCGCUGAAACAUUGGCCGUGAGAUCAAGUCGAGUAGAGUAGGUACAAGUGCUCAUUGGGAAAGAAAAAAGCUGCUUAACUACAAAACAAUAUCAUGAUUAUAAGCAUUUGAUUAGAAUGCUAUAGGAUGGAAGACCCAAGUGAGGAGUGGAACUCAUCUGAAGCGAUUUGUGGCAAGGUCAGUUGGAUGUUGAACAAGGGACUGCUACUAGGAAAGAAGAUUUUGAUCGCGGGUAUCGUAGUUUCGUCCACGCCAUUGGUUCUUCCUUCACUAUUGGCUAUUUCAGCGAUUGGGUUAGCUGUUUCAGUCCCUUCUGGGCUGAUCUUGGCAAGCUAUGCUUGCUCUGAGAAACUUAUGAGAAAGUUGUUCCCAGGAACAGCAGCCCCUCCACUUCUGCUGGGUUUUGGACUGGUCUCUUAUGAUGAAGAAAUAUGUAGGGAUGAAGAAAAGGAAGAGGGAGUUGUCGGGUUUGGAGGAGAAGUUGGUAUGGUUGAAGGGGAAGAAGACCGUAUGGAGGAGACAGAGAGAAUGGGUGAGAUGAGCAUUGAAUUGGUUGAGAAGGAAAUUGAGGAUAAUACUGAAGGGAAAGCCACAGCAGGGGCUGAUUAUGGGCAAGGACGUGCAAAGAAGGACAAGAAAGAAUUUGUAGAAGAUGUUGGGGAGUAUGAAGAUGAGGAGGAGGAAAAGCCUUUGGAAGAGAGAAUUGAAGUCAAACAUGGACUGAAAGAAGAGAAGGAAGAACCUGAAAUUGAAGGAAAGACGGAUGAACAGCUACUGCAAGAGGGGCAUGGACUUGUGGUUGUAAUCGAGGGAGAUGAGGGAAGUGGCAACAAAGCUGGAAAAGUGGAGACACUGUUUCAAGGAACAACUGCAGCUUUAGAAGAACUUGGUUGUCCCAAAAAAGUGAGUGGCAUUAAAGAAGAGGAAUUAUUGAGAGAGACAAGGGUACUGACUGAAAGACUCAGGGAUGAGGGUACAGGUGAUGAUGCAGAGAAAGAUUACAGACGUCGUGUAGAGGAAAGGCAAGGUGGUGCAGAAGAUGGAGGUGAUGAUAAAGAUCAGGAUUUCCCUUUAAACGGGGCCCUGGAUGUUGUAAUUUCCUUAAAUACAGAUGAAAGAGAGAUUGUUGAUGUAAGUGGACUCGAUCUGUUUGAUGUCGAAACUGUAGUCCUUCCCAAAGAAUCAUCAACUAAUAUGGGCAGAGAAGCGGCAGAAUCUGCGGAGCGUUUUGUUUCAGCUACAGUUCAUGCGUCUAGCCUUCCCUCUGAGAAAGACAUUAUCGUUCCUUCAAGUGAGAUACUGUACAAUGAGAAGGAGAUCUGGGAAAAGAUUGAUGCCAUGCGAACCAUAGUAGGUUAUAAAGCCACGCGCCAAAGAACGUGCAUAGAGGAACUAAAAGCUCUCUACAUCUUCACUGGAGUGGAGCUACCUGCCUCUGCCUCCUUCAAGGACCCCUCUGAUCUUGGAAAAGUUUAUGAGAGUCUCCAAUUUCUCAUGUCCAUAGUUGGAGUAAAGUAGAUGGGGGAUCUGUUUGUAGUAUCUUUAGCUCUUUGAAGAUGCUCAGAGCAUAAUUAAUACGUUCAUUUUGUUAUCAUUUAGAUAACGGAGGACGUUUCACAGGGUCCCAAAGUAUAUGCAGUCCAUGCUACGAACCUAUGUUUGUAUGCGUUUUUGUUUUGUUUUGUUUUGUUGUUGUGAUGUUCUUUUGUUUUUGCUGCUUUGGCAGAGUACCCAUGUCUAGUAUUGACGUUCCUUGAUUCAG